CGGGCCGGCCCCUGCCUGGGGAGGGGGAGGCGGCCAAGCACGGAAGGGACUAUGCAGGACAGGGCUUGGGGCACAGACCCUGGGGCCCCACAGGGCGGGUCGGGGGCGGUUUCGGGCUGGAGUUGCCGCGCCCUCGGGGAGACCCGCGGGGGGCGGAGCUCCCAGCUGAGGCCGGCUGCUGGGGAGUGAGCAGCGGACGCGCGAGGGUGCGUUCACGCCGGCCGGGGCCUGGGGCUCCUCGCGGCUCAGCAGCGUCCCCGUCCCGCGCAGGCAUCUCCUCGCCCUUGAAAAAGACAGAGAUGGACAAGUCGCCAUUCAACAGCCCCUCGCCGCAGGACUCGCCGCGCCUGCCCAGAUUCACGCAGCACCACUGGCCCGUGAUCGCCCUGCACAGAGGCAUCGUCCGGAGUCCGCACCCGUCCUCCGCCCUGCACUUCCCCACCACAUCCAUUCUGCAGCAGAGGGCGUCCACCUACUUCCCGCACACGGCCAUCUGCUACCCGCCGCAUCUCAACCCUCAGGACCCGCUCAAAGAUCUCAUGUCACUGGCCUGCGACCCGGCCAGCCGGCAGCCUGGUCUGGUGAGUGCGGGGUGGCCAACGGGCGGAGGAGGGGGCGCGGCGACGCGGGCAGGGGUCCGCGGGUGGAGGAGGGGGCGCGGCGCCGCGGACAGGGUUCCGCGGGCAGCCGCAGAUUCCUCCUCCUGGGCUCCUGCCAGGCCCCCGCAGCGAUGCGCGUCCUGUCCUCGGGGUUUCGCAUUUGGGAGCGGCGGGCGAGGUGGCACCUUGUGA